CCAGCGCAAACCCUUGCUCUGGCCCGGCCUGAUAACUCCUGUAGCCGCCUAAAGGGCAUAUAAGAGCGAGCGCCGUCCGACAACCCCGGUAGUGCGGCUCGAACAGCUGUCUGUGGCGAACGGUCGAGUGUUCGUUGUUCUUUCUCAGUGUCGCUCUGUGGCAGUGCCAUCGUCAGCAGCAGCCGCGACAACGCAUCAGUCGGCGAGUCACCACAGCUUAAACCACACCUCAACAGGUUCCUCUGUCAACGCUCUUCGUCCAGCAACCCAGCUACGAUGAGAGACAAGCCCGACGUAGCAAAGACGACCUCCACGUGGGUCAGCCCGUCCCCGAGGAGGAGGAGACGUCCCCAAGCCAUGGAUAUCCCAGGCUGUGUGUGUGGCCGCGGAAGUGGGGUCGCAGGAUCCCUGAGCGGCAGUAUGGGUAUGAGUGCAGCAUGGCCUGAGGAGAAUGGAAUGUCUGCAAGCUCUUCCAUGUCCACAAGCCUUCUUACUAAGACGAAGCCUUUUCCUAUCAGGGGAGAGCGUGCCAAUUAUGUGAACACGCCACAUGUCAUUGUUAUGGUGGGUCUGCCUGCAAGAGGAAAAACCUACAUGGCUAAAAAGCUGACAAGGUACCUCAACUGGAUCGGCAUAAAAACAAAAGUGUUCAACUUGGGCGAGUACCGUCGACGUGCCACCCACAUGUACAAGAAUCAUAACUUCUUCCGUUCGGACAAUGAAGAAGCAAUGGCUCUCAGGGAACGGUGUGCGAUGGAUGCCCUGGAUGACGUUUGUGACUGGCUUGAUAAUAGUGGGGGUGAAGUGGCUGUCUUUGAUGCUACAAAUACAACAAUGCAUCGUCGGCGAUUAAUAUACAACAUCAUAGUGGAGAAAAUGGAGUACAAGCUAUUCUACGUAGAGUCAAUUUGUGAUGACCCAUCCAUCAUCGAGGCUAAUAUAAGGGAUGUGAAGAUCAACGGCCCAGACUAUCCAAGGUCGCCAUCUCAUAGUAGUAAAUCUCCUGGGCAUCCUUGCUCUCAAGAAGUAAAGGUUAACAGCCCAGACUAUCGUGGAAUGACAUCAGAGGAGGCACUUGAGGACUUCUUGCAGAGGAUUGAGCAUUAUAUGGAGCAAUAUCAACCUCUCGAUGAAGCCUUGGAAGACCACCUCUCCUUCAUGAAAGUCUAUAACACAGGGCAGAAGGUGGUCGUUCACAAGCAUGAGGGACACAUCCAGGCACGUAUUGUGUAUUACUUGAUGAAUACUCAUGUCACUCCCAGAACCAUCUAUCUUGCACGACAUGGAGAAAGUGCUUACAACCAAAUGGGCAAAAUUGGAGGGGACUCUGACUUGAGUGAACGUGGACGUAAGUUUGGAAAUGCCCUUGCAGAAUACAUUAAGGAACAGAAGAUACCUAAGUUACGGGUUUGGACCUCUUGGAUGAAGCGUACAAUUCAGACGGCAGAGGGUAUUGACGCUCCUCAGGAAAGGUGGAAGGCACUGAACGAAAUUGAUGCAGGAAUUUGUGAAGAGAUGACAUACGCUGAAAUCAAAACAAAGUUCCCUGAAGAUUUUGCUGCUCGUGACCAGAAUAAGUUCAGCUACCGUUAUCCUCGAGGUGAGAGCUAUGAGGACUUGGUAGCACGUCUGGAACCUGUAAUUAUGGAGCUUGAACGCCAAGGAAAUGUCCUUCUGAUUGCACAUCAAGCAGUCCUGAGAUGUCUUCUUGCAUAUUUCCUCGACAAACCUUCUGAUGAGCUGGCCUACAUUGAAGUUCCACUCCACAACGUGAUCAAACUAACUCCUGUGGCCUAUGGAUGUGAGGUGGAAUACAUCUCUCUAAACGUUGAGUGUGUCAACACCCAUCGUCCCAGGCCAGAGGUACCAGGAAGCCUGGAUCCAGACCUAUUCUUCGAAGUUGCAGACAUGGAUACUUGAUGCUAAAAUCAGAUAGGGGACAUCUGCUGUAGGCAUCUUUAUUUUACUUUACUGCCAACCAAUCUUGUUUGCCAAACCUUUUGCUAACCUUACGGUGCUCACCACAGUUGCCUCCAUUGCUUGCAUUGAAAUUUUCCUUAUAGUUUUGUAGUUGUUGAUUGUCCCAUGUCCUCAAACACUGUUAUGAAAGAAUAUUUUGGGCAAAUGAAACUUUUGUUUUAAGUAUACCUUGCAUAUGGUACUUACAUAUUGUUAUAUUAAGUUUUUAGGUAAUGGGCAUAUAAAAUAUACAUAUCUGACCUCUUUGGUCCUUUUUAAAAAUUUGAACUGAAAAAAUAAAUGUGCCAGCUACCUUCUGGCAUAUUAAUGAGGUAAUAAAACCAAAGGAGUAUCCAUGGUGCAUUUAAACAGUAUAAUUCUGUAUCUACCUUUUCCUUCUUUUGUUUUAUGGAAUUUGAACUGUAUCCAAGUUCAAAAUGUAGAUUUUUUUGUUUUUUUCUCCAAAGAAUUUAUGUCUUACAGUUUAGAACUGUGUCUUCUCAUUAAGUUCAUAUGUUUGCUGUGCUUUGUUGCCUUUAUUUACUGAGUAAAGAGGAUCCUUUCAAAUUUUGAGAUAAGAUUACAUAGGUUGUGAUGGUGUUCUAUUCCAAUUUCAUAUUUAUGGGAAGCGAAACAGUAAGGUUGUGAAUCUGAGUCGAGCUUAUAAGUGAAUUAAUCAUUAUUUAUGUAUGUGAUUGAUGUAUAUAAUGUAAUAUUGUGUACAUUAGCAAGAACUGUGUUUGAAAAACAUACCUCUUGCCAAGAAGUCUGUAAUAAAAUACUGAAAGUUUUGGUGAAAAUUGUUACUAGUCAGUGGAAAAAAUACUUUUAUUUUCAUUUUUUCCUAAUGCUGGACAUAAAAGGAAAAUGAGUAAGAUUAAUUUUGCUGUGUACAUCUAGUUAGUAUUAUGGAUAUUAAUAUGUAUUAAAUGAUGGUUUUCCCAGUCUCUUAUGUGUGCCUGUUAGGAUAAGUGUUGUUUUCAUCCCUAUUCAAGAUCAUAUAAUUGCCACCCUUUUUCAUAAAACUAAAAAAAAAAGAAAAAAAAAAUUCAAACCUUUUUUCUUUUGUGCUUAAUCUUUGUGCAGUAAAGUAGCUUUUCUUUUGCCAGCAAGACAGCAGAUUCAAUAUUGAUUUUUUGUUGUCUAUGUUACUGUCUUUAGGUUAUAAUUUACUUAUUUUUUGCCAAUGAAAAUAUCCUUGCAUAUUUCUAUAUUACGUCUGAAAACACUGGGUUAUCUUUUAAAAAAGAUGUAGAGGAAAAGGAUCUUUAAAAAGGUGAUUAUAAUGAAUAAAGGAUAAAGAGAAAAUGAAAACAGACUUAAAAAGCAGAGGUUCUAUUAGCUUAGCUAUAGUAUUGGUAUACAUAGUCAUACCAGUUAGAUGGAGAGAAUAUUAGAUACAUAUAUGAACUGGAAUGUGAAAGACCUUGGGUUUUUGUACUAAGUGGUGACUAUCUUGUGCUGUGUUGUCUACCUAAUUAUUAUUUAUAAAGAUCAGUAUGUUCAUUGUAGCUCAUGCAGUUAUGUUUGCUUUUUUUUUAAAGAAAUACUAAUAUGAGUAACCCAUUCACUCUUUGCUUUGGUAUAAAAAAAAUGUUCAAGGCUUCAUGGACUUUUUUGUGUGUGUUUUGGAUUAUGUUUUGAUAUAAAUUAUAUGCAUAUCAUAUAAUAUGUAUUCAUGUAUUUAAUAUUAUAUUAUUUUUUUCUGAAUUUAUAGUAGGUCUGAGAUUAGUAAUUCAUUGUCAUCAUGGAAGUGAGUGGGUUAUGUUAUUUAUAAGAUGAAUUUCCUUUUUUUAUUGCUAUUCAUUAAAAUUUCUUUUGUAAAGCUCUGUUUUAGGAGUU